AUUUAAAGCACGGAACAACAUUGAAGGUCGAUAAAUCACGGACGCCAUGUUGGAUCUAGAGUGAACUACUGUGACCCCGACACUAGAAAUGCUACAUCCCCGGCGCAGUGCCCAGGAUGUUCUACUGUGUGACUCCUGUGAAACUGUACCCCUUCAGAGCCACUGUGAAAUUUGUCAAAUCAAUCUCUGUACUAACUGUGUAGGUAAACAUCUCUUGGAUUCGUCAAGAAAACACCGUGUCGUACCGUUCAAAGAGAGAAGUUCUACUCCUGACCUCCCAAAAUGUCCGAAACAUACCGAUAAACACUGUGAACUUUACUGCGAGAAAUGCGAAAUUCCUGUCUGUUCUACUUGCGUCUCGGAUAAACAUAGAGGGCACAUUUUAUGCGAUGUUCUGAAAAAACUCGGCUCUAAAACGCAAAGUUUGCAAAGAGAUUUGGAAGAACUGGAGAGCAUAAUCUAUCCCCGAUAUGAAGAAAUUGCGUCCAUUGUUCAAACUGAGAAAUCUGAGUUCAAAACGAAUUACGGAAAACUAACUAGAGCUGCCGACCAACACGGGGAAAUCUGGCACAGAAAAAUCACCGCCAUUGUCAACCAACAGAAAUCCGACAUUGUGGAGAUGGAAACUAAACAUAUGGCUGUCUUAGAUAAAACCACAGAUGAAAUCACGCACAGUAUUACCGAACUCAAAGAGAUCAUUCUAAACCUGAAGGCAAUAUUAGAAUCCAAUGAUAUCUCUCUAAUCUCUACCUACAAAUCUAGGAAUACCGAGUUCAAAAGAUUGCCCCCUAAAGUCCGAGUUACAUUACCGACUUUCUCUCCUCAGAAAAUAAACACAGACCAGCUCCGUGAAAUGUUUGGUUCUCUGUCACCAUUAUCCAUUAACACAGAAGAAUAUGACUACACAAUGAAGUCACCUGAAGCUGUAUCGUCUCCUUCAGUCAAACAAAUGAAGUCACCAGAAGCUGUAUCGUCUCCCCCAGUCAAACCAAUGAAGUCACCAGAAGCUGUAUCGUCUCCUUCAGUCAAACAAAUGAAGUCACCAGAAGCUGUAUCGUCUCCCCCAGUCAAACCAAUGAAGUCAUCAGAAGCUGUAUCAUCUCCUCCAGUCAAACCACUGCUUGAUGAACCACAAUCCAUCGCCAACAUAGACACUGGGUAUAAAUAUCUAUGCAGUGUUAGCUGUCUCAGUGAUGAACAAGUCUGGACACGUGGGGAUAACGAAAUAAUGAAUCUCCUCAACUUCCAGGGUAAAGUCCUAUCAUCAAUACAAACCCAGUCAGGGUACAUGCCAUGGGGCAUAACAGUGACACGGGACGGUGAUCUUGUUUAUACUGACUGGUAUAAUGGAACUGUAAACCUAGUGAAGAAUAAACAGAUACAGACCGUGGUCACAUUACAGGGGUGGAUACCUCGCUAUGUCUGCAGUGCCUAUUCUGAUGAUCUCCUGGUUACCAUGGACAGUGAUGAUGGAAGACAAUCCAAAGUUGUGCGUUACUCUGGUUCCAGAGAGACACAAACCAUUCAGUUUGAUGACCAGGGUCGUCCUCUCUAUUCAUCUAAUCAUAAAGAUAAAUACAUCAGUGAGAACAGGAACCUGGAUAUCUGCGUGGCUGACCGGACAGCUGAAGCAGUAGUGGUAGUCAAUCAGUCAGGCAAAUUUCGAUUUAGAUACACUGGUCAUCCCUAUAAUACCAAAGAAUCAUUUACUCCAUACGGCAUCACUACAGAUAGCCAGAGUCACAUCCUGACUGCAGACCAUUACAAUCACCGUAUCCACAUCUUAGAUCAGGACGGACAGUUCCUCCGUUACGUCCAGUGUUUCUAUCCAUACGGUUUAUGUGUCGACAUCAGAGACAACCUCUUUGUUACUCAGUUAGGCACUGGUAAAGUGAAGAAAAUCCAAUAUCUAAAAACACAUUGUUAAUCACACAUCUCAACACUCUGUUAAUUACAUCAAUCAACACAGCGUUAAUUACAUCUACAAAAAAUGCCAAUUACAUCUCUACACACUGUUAAUUACAGUUCUCUGUGUUAAUUACAGCAGUGUUCCUGAAGUGUAACUAACUUGUGUAUAGAUACAGUGAAUUAUUUGUGUCUGAUUGAACAUUAUUCUGUUUGCAAGUACUGUAAUUCUAUCUUUUAGUUUCAAUGUAUAUACGCAACUGUACAGAGAUAAAACUUAUUGUGUAUUAUA